CUCACCAGAAGAGGGCAUUCCGAUUCUGCCUGACAAAGUUGCUUUGACAUGCAGACGUGAUUAACAACAGCGUCACGCUGUAUUUCAAACCGAGCAGCAGCGAGAGCGAAAGGAGCGCUAGGGCAAAAAAAAAAAAAAAAAAAAAAAAAAGGUGGAUGUUUGGAUGACUAUCCCUUGACACUCGUUGACAGCGUUUCACAGCGACUUGGGGAUAACCUGCUAUUACUUUCCUCUGUGCGCCAUGCGCAGAUCGGACUGUGCAUCCUUUAAGAAAAGAUAACGGACAAGGUGUAACAGGGAUCUUAAGACUGCUUGACUUCUAUUGAAAAUAAGGUCCUUUUUUUUGCACCAAGCUGCUGCUUUUGUGAAGUUUUGCGUUCGGAUUCUCGCGGAAUCUCUUUGCGCAUGAAAGACUGACAUGACUUAUUUGGAUGUGGCUUCGUUAUUGUCUGCGCCUACUGCAGUGCUCUUUUUGGCAGUUACUUGAAGAACAAAAAAAUAGAAAGAUCCUUUGCACAAGGCGCUUGGAAUGGGAGUUCUGAAGCUGGAUUUAUACUGCUUUAAUCUGGAGUUUGGAGUAAAUGACAUUCACCCCGGUUCAGUUGUACGGAGAUAGAUGCAGAACUAAACCGGAUAACAGAUCCAGGUCCGGGAGAGUAAAAGGCAGGUGCGCUUUGGAGUCGGCGGCUGCGCGGAGAGUCCGGACUAGUGGAUUAGGACGAUACCUGUCUGUGGAGAGCGCAUCAUGCGGACUCGGAUGUCGCGCACCAGGAGCCAUUAAAACCUGUAGGCUGGGGCUAACAGAUAAGCGGAUAUGGGCUCUGCUCUGCGGCGUCGCUGGCUAGUGGUCCAACUCCUGAUGCAGGUGUGGCUGGCGGCAAAUCCAUCACUAAGUGAACGCCAAUGCCCCAAGAGUUGCCGCUGUGAUGGGAAAAUUGUCUACUGUGAGUCAAGCGCCUUUCGUGAUGUCCCCAAGAACCUCUCAGGAGGCUGUGAAGGUCUGUCUUUACGAUACAACAGCCUCUCCAGUCUUCGUGCAGGCCAAUUUGUGGGCCUCAACCACCUUAUUUGGCUCUAUUUGGACCACAAUUAUAUUUCCUCUGUGGAUGGAAUGGCCUUCCAGGGAAUCCGCAGACUUAAAGAGCUGAUCCUGAGUUCCAACAAGAUCACAUCACUCCAUAACACUACAUUCCAUCCCGUCCCUAACUUGCGCAAUUUAGACUUGUCAUACAACAAACUACAAGCCUUGCAGCCUGGGCAGUUCCAGGGCUUACGGAAACUUCUCAGUCUUCAUGUACGCUCAAAUUCCCUAAAAAUGAUCCCAAUGCGUCUGUUCCAAGAUUGCAGAAAUCUUGAAUUUCUGGAUCUGGGUUACAACCGUCUGCGCAGUAUCUCUCGGAAUGCCUUUUCUGGCCUUGUCAAACUAACGGAACUGCAUCUGGAGCAUAAUCAGUUCUCAAAGAUCAAUUUCUCUCACUUUCCUCGCCUCUACAAUCUGAGGGCUCUUUAUCUGCAAUGGAAUCGCAUUCGCUCUAUGAGCCAGGGUCUGACCUGGACCUGGGCCUCCAUCCAAAAACUGGAUCUGUCAGGGAAUGAGCUGACAGAAGUUGAUGCUGUAGUUUACCAGUGCUUGCCCAACCUGCAGACUCUUAAUUUGGACUCCAACAAGUUGACCAAUGUUUCUCAAGAGGUGGUUGAUGCUUGGAUCUCUUUGACAAUGAUUAGCUUAGCUGGCAAUGUAUGGGACUGUGGCCCUGCUAUAUGUCCUCUGGUGGCUUGGCUGAGAAACUUUAGAGGGGCAAAGGAGACCACCAUGAUUUGCGCCUCCCCCAAGAAAGCCCAGGGUGAGAAAGUGAUGGAUGCUGUUGAGGCCUUUAGUGUUUGCCAAUCAAACCAAGAAACGACGCUCCCAGUGAGUAUUCCCCCAAACCCAUCCAGUGUCCCUGUGCAGACGGAACAUCGCCCUGCCAUUCCUGCUUUGCCAACUAGCUCUGGGAAGAGGGCAGAGGGAUCGCUUAGGGGUCCCACAUCUUCAGCAGUUACCCCACCUGUUGCAGUUCCCCCUGAGCAAGACUUGGAACCUGUGUCCUUCCAUAAGAUCGUGGCUGGAAGUGUUGCCCUUUUUCUAUCUGUUGCGAUGAUCCUGUUGGUAAUCUAUGUCUCCUGGAAGCGCUACCCUAGCAGCGUCAAGCAGCUGCAAGAGCACUCAGCAGCAGCACGUAAACGUCGCAAGAAACCUAGAGAGACAGAGCGCACCCUAAGCUCUCCACUGCAGGAGUACUAUGUGGACUACAAACCCACCAAUUCUGAGGCCAUGGAUGUGCUAGUGAAUGGGACUGGACCAUGUACCUAUACCAUCUCGGGCUCCCGAGAAUGCGAGGUCCCCCACCAGAUGGGUGCCCUGACCUUCUACCGCUAUGAGCAGCCUAUUGUAGACUACUGCCAGGCCCACCAACCCCUGAGGCUCAACAUGGGCUAUGAGGGACCACCUCAGGGCCUGGAGGGACUUGAAGACCUGGGGCCAUGUGAUAGGGGAACCAUACAGACAGUGGCUUUGCCUGCUGUGCCCUCUGCUGCCAGCAUAGGUGCCUCUGUGCCAGGACCACGCUCCCCUCCACCACCUCUCAGACCACAAACUGAAGGUCCCAGUGGCCCCUAUCCUCCUGCCGAGCGCACCGGCACACUCAAAUUUGGACGCUAAUGAAACUGGUCGUUGGAAAUGGGGCAAAGCCUUCUUAUUCACCAUGACUUUGAAGGGGCAGGUGACGUGGUUAUAUAGUGGGGCCUUGUUUUUAACAACAUGGGUACAUGAACUAAAGGACUUCAUUUUCAAAUUCUGCCUUGAGGAAUUUGGCAUCUGCAACACACCAUCUCAUCAUAACACAGUGCAAUGAGACACCACUGCUUUUGAUUAUCUUUUCCAAAAUGCAUCGUAGAGAACCCCUUACUACUGACUUAUGGGAGGUAAUUCAGCAUAUGACAAAGGGUAUUACCUUGUUUCCAAAUAUGGUCUUUGUCAUUUUCCAUGUCAGCAUAAUGGUGUACCUGUUCACAGCAGCAGCAGCAAAGUGUGUCAAAAUGAGAGGGAAAGUGCAAUAACCACUAUGUCUAAAUCACAGUAAGUAGGAACAGAAAGAUAAAAGAUUUCAGAAAAGAAGCCAGAGGUUAUGUGAAGUGCAGAAGGCUUCUUACUGUGUUUGUUAUAAAAAAUUCAGCUCGCUGUUAACAAAGGGAGACCUACUGAAUAUCAUUAAUUAACAAAUGCUAACAGAUCCUGUUUUUUUGUUUCUCUGGAUAUCAUAUUUCAAACUGAAAUCCAUUGAUGUGCAUGUUAAACCAAAGAGUUUACUAAUAACUUUCUUUAAUGCACAUACAUAAAAUAUUAGUUGUACUACUUAACAAGCUUCUGCCAGCUCACUGUUACCACCACCAAAGCCCCUGCUGUUUUGAAGUGAAUGGGAUCAACUUUAGUAAAACACUCAACUACAACAGUGAAAAUGAGUAGUUUAACUGGAAUUUUAAGGAGCUAUUUAUCAUUAUCAUUUAAUUAGCUGGUUCUCCCAACAUCUCUUCAGUUUAUCCAUAUUAUCCAGUGAUGCCAUGAACAACAGCGACUACAGCAGCCAAAGCUGUAUGUUCCAUAGAAACAUAAAUGUGCCCUUUACACAGCAGAAAAAAGAAAAAAAAAAAAAGUGACUGUAUAUGAUUACUUCCCAUUUUCUUUUAAAAGGCAAUCACAGGGAAUUGCGUGCAAAUAAGAACAUCUGAGUGCAAGUCUUGUACAUAAUACUGAAAAGGUCCACUUUUACUGAAAGUCAGACCACUCUCACUGCCCCAAACAGUUAUGUGAAACAUUGUGGAGUCAAUGUUUGACUUUCAUCACGCUGGACUAUUUGAUGAGCACCGUCUUGCUGGGCCGGCAGAGCUCAGCUCGUGUGCUCUUGUCUCCUUUCCGUCACUGAGAACAACAAUGCCUGGUGGGGGAAUGUUGAACCAGCACGUUGACUUCUCUUUGACCUGCAUAUGAACCCAUGGGCUGUACUGGGAAUAUUGCCAGACAUGUUCUUUUUUUUUUUUUUUUUUUUUUUUUUUUCCUGAAAGCGUGCCUGCAGCACUGGAUUUUUAUGCACUCAGUAACCCCUUGGCCACCGUGUCAAACACUUCUGCUCAAUGUCUUAUGGAGCGGACUUCACAUAUGGCGGGGAUGGCCUGUCAAACAUCAUCUGUUUAAUCUGAGCAGUGUACUGAGGUGGUUGUCCACAUGUCAGUAGUCGCACGCCAGGGAGUUGUGGAAGCUGUGUUUGGUCCUCCCACAGAAUGACUGAUAAUCCGUGGAGUCAAAAAGUGGGUACAAUUCAAGACGAUGGAGGAAAAUAGGGAAUUAAUUUUUAGUUUUUGUUAUUUUUCUCUUUUUGGUUUGAAGCAAAAGAGACCAUUUUUGAAGUGUCAAAGAUGAUGUCAAGAAAUUCUAUAAGACUAAUCAAAGGACAAAAGUAAAUAGAACUUAUUUAUCAUGUAAAUAAUAAGUCUUUAAAGAGGAAAAACAAAAGUAUGAACUUUACUUCUUCUGAAACACAAACUGUGGACAGAAGAGGAGCCUUAUUCGCUUUCCAGUGGGAAUAUAUUACCAAGAUGACUCGGUGAGAAGGUUCCUAUUGUAAUGCUCUUGUUGUUUCAAUGAUGAUUAUUUUUCUAUCUGCUCCCUUCAUGACUACCAUCAAACACAAAUGAUAUUACUGAGGUUAUUUCUCACAUUCAGUCAUUUUACUUAAUCACGUGAAGAGGGAGAGAUUGGGAGCCUUGUUAUUGUGAUGUUCUCAGAGCGCCAAACCUUACAGAUCCACAUUUUUCUGUUCUUGUCAUUAGACUUGUUUGAGAGCUCAUGUUGCAGGUGGUGAUCGCAUGAUGUGUAAGUUGCAUCCCGAUCCAAACCUUUUUGUUGAAGAAUUUCGACAUUGUCUGUCAUUUAAAGGUUUACUCUGGAGGAAGAAGUAUUCUUUACAGCAAGAGUUUAACUUGUGGAUGUUUUUUUUUUUUUUUUUUUUCUUUUGGAUGUGCCAUUAUUUUGUUCAAUGUUUU